GAGAGAGAGAGGAGAGAGAGAAAAAGAGGCUUCGUACUACUACUGCCAGCCUUACGAACUCGGGCUCUGGUGGUCGGAGAAUCCAUGGGGGAGGUAUCAAAAUCCUCUGGGUUCCUGUUCUAUUUUUUUUUCUUGCUGUUUUUGUCGCUGAUUUUGGUGAAAAGAUUGGAUUUUUGGCAGCAGGAGAAGAAGAAGCCGGAGGAGGGAAAGAAGGAGGCGGCGGCGGCCGCGGAGGGGGAGAAGAAAGCGGCGCCGGAGGAGGCGAAGAAGGAGGAGGAAAAGGAGAAGAAGGAGGAAGGGACGGAAAAGAAGGACGGCGAAGGGGAGAAGAAGGAAGGGGAGGGGGCGCCGCCACCUCCGCCGCCGGUUGAGGUGGUGAUGAAGGUCUAUAUGCAUUGCAAGGGCUGCGCGAGAAAGGUGCGAAGGUCUCUCAGUGGCUUCGAAGGGGUGGAAGCGGUGACGGCGGAUUACCGCAUUCACAGGGUGGUGGUGAAGGGACAGAAGGCGGCGGAGGACCCGAUGAAGGUGGUGGAGAGAGUCCAGAGGAAGAGCCAUAGGAGGGUGGAGCUCAUCAGUCCCAUUCCACCACCGAAGUCAGAGGAGGAGGAAGAGAAGGAGGAGGAGAAACCAAAGGUUGAGGAGAAGAAAGAAGAGCCCCGGGUGAUCGUGGUACAGCUCAAGGUCCACAUGCAUUGCGAGGCGUGUGCCAAAGAGACCAAGAAAACGAUUCUAAGAAUGAAAGGGGUGCAGGCGGCGGAGCCGGACCUGAAGAGCUCGACGGUGACGGUGACGGGCGUGUUCGACCCGGCGAGGCUGGAGGCGUACGUCCACAAGCGGACGAGGAAGCACGCGGUAGUGUUAAAGCAGGAGCCGGCGGAGAAGAAACCCGAGGCGGCGCCGGAGAAGGCCGACAGCGCGGCGGAGGCGGAGGCCAAGGACGAGAAGGAGGCUGACGCUGGGGAGAAAAAGGAUAAGAAGGAGGACGGCGCCGGCGAGAAGAAAGAGGACGAGAAGAAGGCCGCUGAAGGCUGCGGCGAAGAGGUCAAGAAGGAGGCUGGCGGCGGUGACGGCGAGGAGAAGGAGACGGAAAAGAAGAAGGACAGCGGCGCCGUGACGGAGGCUGCCGUUGUGGCCGUCGUCGCCACCGCCGCGGCGGACGGCGGCGUGGGUAAAAUGAGGAGGAACGAGUUCUACUAUUACUAUCCGAGAUAUCCUGUGGAGUAUGCUCCGCAGAUCUUCAGUGAUGAGAAUCCCAAUGCAUGCACUGUCAUGUGAAGAUAUAGUGCUCUAGGACAGUCUCUUUGUAAUAUCUUGUAGCACCCCCUCAAACCUAUCAAAUAUUUGGGAGUAGGUGUUCUUCUCUGUUUUUUAUAUUGUCACCUUCAUGGAGGUGCCGUUUAACAUUACUUUCUUUUUUUUUUUCUCCCCCUAUUUUCAGAUACUGAGAAAUAAAAUUUCUACUUCUAUUUAUUUAUUUAUAAAUAUAAA